AUGGCGAGCACACCAGAAGAAAAGCCUCAGCGGGCCACUGCUGCGCAAAUGGCACAUAGAAAAAUUAAGGAUAUUCGGAGACGACCCCGCCCGAGUACGACUACUCCAAGCGCUACUGGAGCUACAUUUAGCCCUUUCAAUUCUAUCGAUCCCAAUACUGUCUCGGGCUCCCAGCCUGCGACGAACGGCUUCUCUUUUGGUCAAUCUCAGUCUCACAGUUUCCCAGGAGCUAGUUCAAAUCCAAGCCAGCCCACUCAGAACGGAGGAUCACCGUUUGCCUUUGGCUCAGGAGGUGCUGGUUCAUCGUCCUUUAGUUUCUCUACAUCCUUUGGUGGAUCAGGGUCAUCGGGGAAUCCCUUUGCGACUCUGAACACUCCUGCGCCCAGCCAACCGUCUGAUAAUACUGGGUUUUCGGGCUUCAAAGGCAGUAUGUUCAACGUACCACCCGCCGGAAGCUCUGCUCCAGGCCAACCGUCUCUGCCUUCGGGCGGUCUCUUCGGAACUGGCUCGCAGCAGACCACUGCUCCUGGAGGCAUAUUUGGAAGCACUUCCACCAGUGCGCCUUCAAGCCAGCCCGUGACAACGGCACCCUCCACUGGCAGCAUUUUCGGCCAGAAUAACGCCACUAGCACUGCUCCAUCUACAAGUCUGUUCGGCCAGUCCGCAUCAGACAAGCCUUCUCCCUUUGGCCAAUCCACAGCGUUCGGUAGCGAUUCGAUGCAGACAUCUCCUGACCCAAAGGCCAAUGCUGCCGUAUCGAAGCCAGCUAUCUUCGGAGGAAGUGCUUCUCAGCCUGCAUUUGGCGCAUCCACAGGCUUCGGCAGUCCAGCGGGAGGUUCCGUUUUUGGGGGUGCUACACCGGCGGCUCAACAAACUCCGUCUAAACCACUUUUUGGGACAAAGCCGACAGAGCAAGCUACUCCAACCUCGACGCCUCUCUUUGGUGCUACUUCCCAGCAACCCACAGCAGGCGCUACGGCACCUACGCCCGCAUCGACCUCUGCUACGCCCACAGCAACGACAGCCACGACGCUGUUUGGUACUGCUUCGCCGGCCAAGCCUGCAACGCCGUUCCAGAAUCCCUUCCAGACUUCAAACCUUUUCUUAGGCGCGCCCUCUCCAUCAGCUACACCAAAGCCUGCAGAAGAGAAAGGACACGAAGAGAAGACAGGCGAGUCAGCCCUGCCCAAGACCGACUUCCAAUUUUCCUCCUCCACAACCGGAGGCAAUCUCUUCUCCAAGAGCGAAAGCGCUGCUACUGCGCCUUCAACUACAUCAUCAGCUGGCCUGUUCCAGGCACCGGCCACGGGCAGCCUGUUUGCGCCCAAGCCUGCUUCUGCAGAGACUGAUAAGCCCGAGAUUCCCAAGGCAAAUCCUUUCAGCAGCCUUUUCGCUCCUAAACCAUCCACUACCAUCCAACCCACGCCAGAACAAAAGCCUGCACCUGCUGCUGCUCCGUUCGGCUCCCUCUUUUCUCCCAAGCCUAGCACACCUAAUGAAGGUGCGAAAGCGGGAGAGCCAGCGAAACCGGUCGCGUCUACCCCGGCUAUUUCGUCUGCAGCUCCUCCAUCAGCCGGCCUUUUCGCGCCGCAGCCUUCGUCUCUCUCGACCACUGCUGCGGAGAGCAAAACCCAGACACCUGCGUCUCAAGGCGUUUUCAAAGUCAAUGGUGCAGCACCCGCUCACCCAGCACCUUCAGCCAAGCCUCCCGCAGUCCAAUUCGUCGAGAGCUUGCGGCCGACCAAAUUGCCUACUGGACUGAGCGAACAACAGAAGAAAGAUUUUGAUCUUGUGUAUAGUCUCCGCAUGUUAAAUGAAUGCUUUCAACGCGAGAUCGCUCGACUAAACCCUUCAACGGACGACUUUGACGCCACCAUUCUCUUUUACAUGCGCGUCCGUGAAGUGAUUGGUGCGCCAACCGCACCGCGCUCAUAUAAGCGGAAGGCCGCCGACGAUGAAAGUGCUGAUCUUGAGACACAAUCAGCGAAGAAAGUCAAGCCCUUCGGCACCACCGGUGUACCGGUGACCCCGAGCACCAACAUCUCCUCACCUUCCCAGAAGAUGAACAUCGGACCAAGCUCCAUUACAACAACACCGUCUAAGCUUUUUGAUACAAAACAGACCGCACCAACUACCAAUGGAAAAAUGGCUGAGGAAAAGGCUGAAACUGGUGUUUCGGUCUCUCGGUCUGAGAACCGUUCCGAUAGUGACUCUGCCACAGCGAGCAUCUUCGCUCAGUCGUUCUCGAAAUCGAAAGCUGAUGAUUCAGAGGCCACAAGUGCAGUGUCUCCCAGGCCAGCUACUCCAGAAACCAAUAAGCCUUCUCUAUUCUCUACCACCCCGACUGCGUCUCCGGCGAAGCCCCUAUUUUCUUCAUCGACUACCACCAAGGAGAAUGCAACAUCCAGCUCCAUCUUCUCUCAACCUACCUCAAGCCCUGGGUUCACGUCAUCGACAGCCAGUGUCGGCACGCCUGCCCAGAACCUGUUCGCCCCGAAGCCCACAGGUGAUGGGAAAACUGAGGCGCCAGCCGCUCCCAAAUUCGGUACCGGUACUGCGACGAACUUUUUCGCUCAGUUCAAAUCCAUUGCCGAUAAGAGUGCUGAGAAGGAAAAGGAGAAGCGCAAAGCAGAGGAUUUCGACUCCGAGGAAGAAGACGAAGCUGAAUGGGAACGGAAAGACGCCGAACAGCAGCGCAAGAAACGCGAGGAGUUGGAGGCUCAGUCUAAAAAACGCGCCAAGUUUGUUCCAGGCAAGGGAUUCGUCUUCGAAGACGAGAGCAGCGAUACUACGGAACCCAAGAAACCAGCACAAACAUCAGCUUCAACUGCCAGUUCAUCCGUGUUUGAAGCAAAGCGAGACACUCCGGUCAAAGCGAACAAUAUCUUUGGUCAUCUCUCUGCGACCCCAUCAGAGGUAGAGGAGGAUAAUGAUGCUGACGAUACUGAAGAGGCGUCAGCUGCUGGGGAAGAUGCUGAUGAAGAGUCCAAAGAGUCCUCUCUGGUACCGGCCAGCGACCGCGACGGUAGUCGGGAUGCGGAAACCAGCGAAGCAGACUCCAAAGCCGUUUCGGUCAGCGGAGCCGAGUUCUCUGCCAAUGACAGCAGUGACGACGGCGAUUUUUCUAAAGCUCUGACGAAGUCAAAACAAGCCUCGAGCGAUGGUAAAAGUUUAUUUGAUCGGGUUCAGCCUAAGCGGCAAACCGACGAGGAACCAAAGAAUCCCUUUUCUUCCCUCUUUAGCCCUUCGUCCAAGUUCUCUUCUUCCAUGACGACUCCUGGGACGUCCACACCGAAUCCGUUUGGCUCACCCAGUACCCCUGCGCCCGGCCAAGGUGAUUCUGCCGAAACUAAGCCAUCAUCUAGUAUCUUCAAGUCUUCGGUUAACACGAGCGGUGGUCUUUUUAAUUCCGGACCGGCAAGUACUGGAACGAGCACGCCGUCAAUCUUCGGCCAGAGCUCGUCGAAACCAGCAGGGGACAAGACCUGGAAGCCCGAUUCCCCCAUCAAAUUCGCCGACUCGACUGCCACGGCACCUUCGACCACGUCGAAGCCUGAUGCCGGGCCCACAGCUCAAUCAACCGACUCCUCAAAGCCAUUCUCUGCUCUCUUCGGCGCGCCAGCCGCCGGGGCGAAGGCGUCUGGCAGUGGACAGUCGGCGCUAGGGUUCUCCUUUGGUGGUCCGUCACAGCAGAGCUCUUCCUUCCUAGCUCCUUCCACCGUCACUUCCGCUACUGGCAGUCGCGCGUCUACUCCCGGAAUGACCUCCGAUACUGGCGCGGAGGAGUCUGGAGAUGGAGAGGCUGCCGAAUCUCUACCCCAGGUUGAUCUUGCUCGCAGCAGAGCGGGCGAAGAGGACGAAGACAUUGUGAUAGAGACUCGGGCGCGAGCAUUGAAGAUCAAGCCUGGCGCAGGCUGGGAAAGCCAGGGUGUCGGUUAUCUCCGUGUUCUGAAAAAUCGCAACACUUCUCGCUCUCGCAUCAUCCUGAGAGCCGACCCAAGUGGCAAGGUUGUCCUGAACGCAGCCUUGUUGAAGGAUAUUAAGUACACCAUUAACGCAAACAGUGUGCAGUUCCUGGUUCCCCAGGCUGAAGGCGCCCCGGAACAAUGGGCUGUUAGAGUGAAAGGAAAGGAGGAAGCUGAGCGUUUGCAUUCUGCAAUUGAAGAGUCUAAGGCGUAA